AUGAGUUGUUGUCUGCUGUACCGCGGAGACGUAAAUCCAAAUGACGUAAGUAGGGCGAUCGCGUCGUUGAAAGGAAAGAAGUCGAUUCGUUUUGUCAGCUGGAGUCCGACCGGGUUCAAGGUAGGAAUUAAUUAUCAACCGACCACCACGGUUCCCGGCGGAGACUUAGCAAAAUCAAAAAGAACAGUGGCGAUGCUCAGCAACAACACCGCUAUCCGACAGGGUUGGGGAUUGCUGGCUCGUAAAUUUGAUUUAAUGUACCGAAAGAAAGCUUUCGUUCACCAUUACAUAGGGGAAGGUAUGGAGGAAAGCACGUUCCAAGAUGCUCUCGAGAACGUGGCAGCUUUGAUAGACGAUUACAAAGAGGUGGAGAGAUGUACGAGCCUCAUGAUUUCGUUAGAGCUUCUAAUUUUCUAA